UUUAUACGUCAUCCCCAAAGCCCUCUCCUCGUGUCACAAGAUGGUCGACAUUGAGCGCCCAUUGGAAUGACAUCUACCAAUUGAGUAUUUGUAUUUAAAAACGUUGCUUUUCUUCACCGAAAUAAUGCCUCGCUACGAACUGGCCCUAAUCCUUAAGGCGAUGCAGCGACCGGAGACUGCAGCUACUCUCCGGCGGACUGUGGAGACUUUGAUGGAGCGGGGCGCUGUGGUGAGAGACAUGGAGAAUCUCGGAGAAAGAGUUCUGCCUUAUAUCAUGACCAAACAUAACCAGAGACACCGCAGAGGAUCAUACUUUUUGAUUGACUUCUACGCCGCUCCCAGCAUUCUCACUGGCCUACUCGAUCACUUGCACCGUGAUGUGGACGUAGUGAGGCCCACCGUGCUGAAGAAAGACACGCAGAUUUCCAAACAAACAUGCCGUGGACCUCAACAGUGAUGAAACGUCUUUGUGACCCAGCUCCAUAAAUUGCGCCGUCUGCUGUCUCUUUUCCAUGGGUUUUGGACUGCAUUUUGCUGCUGUAGUAUAAUAAACGUUGUUUGUAGUAUGCGUGAA